GAGGCAUAAUUUAAACCACUAACUGUAGAGAGAAAGACACCUUAAACUCAAAAAUCUCCGCCAGAUCGAACAUCCUCAACUUCUUCCUAGUCAUUACUAACAUGGAAGAUCAAGACGAAUUUUGGGGCUGCACAUAUGGUCUUUUCCUCAAUGUGUUUAUCUGCGCAUCUGUUCUGGUGAUACUGAUGGCGGUGACGGCGCUAGUGCUCAAACUACUGGGCUUUUUUGCUGGUUUCUCGGCGGCGGCGGUGCCGGAAACUGCGUCGGAGACCAGCGGAUUGUUGCCCAAAGAUGUGGCUCCGGUGAUCAUAUACGGCGCGUUUGAAGAAGAUGAAGAGUCGGGGAAAUGCAGCCGGAGCAGCUCGUCGGAGGAUUUGUACGAGGGACACGUCUGCGUAAUUUGCUACGACAAGAAACGAGGUUGCUUCUUUGACCCAUGCGGCCACUGCGCCACGUGCUAUGCAUGUGCCAAGAGGAUUGUAGAAGAUGCAAGGACUUGCCCAUUUUGCCGAAGAAUUAUUCACAAAGUCAGAAGAUUGCUUAGCGCAUGAAAUUAGAUUACAAAAUGCUGUAAUUAUGGUCAACUUUAUAUAGAUUAAAGAUGUAAAAUGUCGGUUUAAGUUUCUUGUUUGAUUUGUUGGCGGUUAUAUAGAAGUUGAUUUUAUUUUGUGCAUACUCUCAGGUGCUAAUGUAAAUUUAAAUUGUUAAGUUGUACAAUUUUCUACAGGAAAAUAUUUAUGUACUCUCAUUUUCUACUUCCAA